AUGGGCAAACCUGUAUUAGUUCGUCAAGGAGGACAGGCUGAAGGUGGCUGGGGCCGCGAUUGUUUUCGGAAAGCUUUUAAUGCCUCUAGAUCAUUCGUCACAUUGGAUAACGAUCCAAACACUCUUCUUGAAUUUGUCAACGGGAAGCUUGCGAAAAGGCAUGCGCUGCCGUAUCCGUUUCGAGGCAAUUCUCACAUAGUCUAUAAUAACGUGUUCUAUUACCAUCAGAUGAAUACUCGAAGCCUUGUGCGAUACGAUCUUGAAAAUAAAACUUCGGCCGCUCUUGACAUUGAUGAUGUAGCGUUUGGCCGAUCGUCCAGGCUGCUAUACUUAACGCGGCGGAGUCAUGUAGAUGUUAUGGCAGACGAAAACGGCCUCUGGGCGGUAUACGCUUCCGAGAAGUCCACUAACACAAUGGUGCUCAAGUUAAGUCAGCUGAAAAAAGAGUGGAUUAGGAUGCAUAAAAUAAUAUCACAUACGACAAAAACGUGUCACGUUGGCUGUAAAAGAAUUAUGCCAGGCAAUAUAUUGGUAAUUAGUAUCUUAAGUCUCUUGAGAUUUCUCUUUGAUGAAUCCUCAAUGAAAGUUGAACGAGUUUGGAACUUAACACUUGACCAUCGGCGGGUUGGCCAGAUGUUUAUCGUGUGUGGAGUUCUUUAUACUGUGGGCGGUGUAACAGAAGGAGGUACACGCGUGGAGCUCGCCUUUGAUCUCUACCUUGAGCAGACGCUUGCAGUCAAUCUCAGUCUAAGUAAUCCCUACCGAAACACGACUAUGAUAACUUAUAACCGUCUCCAUUCCUGGGAUCACGGACAUCAACUUUACUAUCCGCUGCUUUUUACUCAACAUGUCCAACAGGCCAAUUCAAUAGGAAGCCUGACGUCCUUAGGAGGAUUCGCAGGACCCCGUUAACCGCAAGGUCCGCAAGGGUUGCGCACGAGAAGAACAGCAGAUUGGUCAUGAUGCAGAAUCAUUUGGAAGGAACGUGCUCAGUAUUUUCGAUUCUUCAGAGCGACUGUACCCAACGAGAGGUGACAGUAAAGUGGAAACGAAUACAUAGAUUUCUGGCACUACAAGGUAGAGAAAUGGACGGCUACGAGAACCUUGUGACGGAUCAGGGCGUCGUAGUGAAGUUAAUAUUUGCUCUAAGGAGCCUAGCAGCCCUGAAUAAAAGUCUAACAUGAAAGAUCAAAACCACCUCAAUAGAAAUUGAGCUACGGGACAGAAGAAAAGAGUCUGUUAAUAGAAAGUAUCAAUAACUGCAACAAAGUUUUGGUUCUAAGCGCAAAACGAAACCUAAUCGGCGUAAUAAGGACACGCCGAAACGACCGGCAUCUUGCUUUAAUUCUAUUCAUAGCCAAAGAGAAGCAUAAGGAAUUGAUUGAUAUUAACUGAGCUAAAUAUGCCAACCUAAGCAAUAAUCAUAUACAUAUGCAUUUUAAUAUUGCCUAUUCUGAGCCAUGUAUUGGUUAUUUGCAGAUAAGCUAGUUUCGAUUUGUAUAUGUUUCAAGGAAUAAGCUAAAUAUAGCUAAGAUGUUGAAAUAUUAGCAUUUAUAAUGCUUGGUGUUUAGUUGUAUGCUUGUUUAUUACAACAAAGAAGAUGCUUACUGUACAAUAAAAAAUGACAGCUGUGUUACAAAAAAAUACGUAGAUCACUUAACUUCACAAAGGAGUGAUGUAUUAAAUAAAAAAGAACAUCAAAUAUGAUUUAUAUAAAAUAUGGUUUAUAGCAUUUAGCGAUGGAGAGCAGAACGGUCCCAAGAAGUGCAUUUUGGUAAUCGGGCCGAUCAUAACUGUAACGUGAGUUAUCAGCGACAAAACGAACGUUAAUGGUUAUUACUACUAUAAGAAAUACGGCUUGAUGCCAUGAAGUGACACGGAUCCCAAAUCAAGGUUGGGUAAUGUUGAUGAUUCCUGUAUCGAUUUCGAAAGUAGAAGGCAUAUACGGUUGAGGGUCGAAAGGGUAUAACAACUGUGUCUACUGUAAACGUUGUACAUAACGGACGAGACAAAAGUAACAGACGAAUAUUUGGUAUGCAAAACAAACAAAUACUAGUAAACGUAAAAUUUUAAGCUACAAGUGCUGGCUGAUGGUAAAACCAACAAUGCCAUUGAUCGAGCGGGCUAACGAAUACGGCGGCUAAUUAAAAAGUGUCGAUAUUUAUGAGUUGUGCCGCUAUAGCGAUAAUAAAGAGCAAGUAGUGUAUAUACAACUAGAGGAUGGAAAAUCAUCUGGUUAUUAUUUAGUUAUUGGACAAGGAUGUUAUACUUCGACUUUCGAUGGAGUAUAAAAGCAACUGUGGUUCGAAUUUGGGUCGGGUGUUUGGGCUCCUGUGAUUCCGUCGUAAUAUUUGAGUGGUUUCAUUAGUGGGCUGAUUAUUUUCCUGCGUUUUGACAUUGCUUUCGAAUCAGUUUUAGAAGCCAUAUCGAGUUCAGCCUAAACAAAGUAAACGGUUUUAUCCAAUAAGCAUGUGCUUUAUGCUUCAUACUGUGGAGUUUCAACCAAUGAGUCUAUCAGUUAUCUCCAUAAAAAAAGAUUAGAAGAAACAGGCCGAUUAUUUAUUCAAGUAUUCCAAGUACAAAUCUGUAUACUUAGCGAAAAUACAUAAUCAAAAUAAACUUUCAUAGCUCUGGGAGUACAGUACAUAAUUAUGAUUUUAGCCUAAGGUCUUCGCAUUUGUUCAGUAACUUCUCAGUUGAUUAAAAUUCCACCCAGGUCGGACACUGUCUCUUCGAGACGGUCCCUAAAUGAGAUGACCUGAAACGCCAAUGUUCUGCGUAAUUUAGCAUGUGAACUGCCAUUGAAAGAAAAGGGGACUUCUCACCAACGAAUAGGAAUAGGUAGAACCCUGGGUUUUGGCCGUUACCCAACCCUUGAUACCAAGAGGAUGAUGAAAGUUCUUCAACAUAGGUGCAUGUCUUCAAUAUGCCUUUGAGUUAAGUGCGUAUACGGGAACACAUCAGUCGAUGACUUUAGACUUUUGGAAGACAACGUCUAUAAAUAAGCAUACACAAUACUAGAAAAGGUCUAAAGAGCAACAAAAAUGCCAAGUGAAUACCAUUCAUCAUGGUAAGUGGAGAUCAAUGUACUAAGUUUGCAUAUUUCUAAUUACAUAAAAAUGAAGUAAGCGCUAUGUCUUAUUUAAAGCAUAUAAUUGCUAUGCUGUCAUAGCAUCCUGUCAUAGAAUCCUGUCAAAAGACGCAUCAAUGCAUAACUUACCCAGGGAAAAUAGUACAAUUUAAGAUAAACUUUAACAGUCACGAUUUAAGCCUAUCUGUCCUUUGGCUUAAAGAUAUAACCCUUCAAAUUAUGUGUCUUCUCUCCUAGUAACUGAUCCUUUCCUUAUUCCUUUGUAUAGUGGAUUGUUAGAGAUGGUACCUUCCCUUGCCUAGUUGACACAUCUUCAGUUCUAGUAUUAACCCGAACAUAGGCCAUUUUUACUUUUACGCGGAAACACACGAGGCUAAAUGGUCCGCUGGGGUAUAUAUGACCGACUUCGCAGAUACGCUAUUCCACGAAAGUAAAAUUUUGUCGAUUCAAUUCAAACGGAAUUGAACAGCUAGGACAUCUUUUAGAUUUUGAUUUUCAAUCGGAAAUGUCUGAUAUCUUAUGGAAAUCGUGCAGUUCUAUGCAGUCUUUAAUACGGCCUGGGUCAACGAAAUUUCCCCAAAAUUUCAUAAUUUUGUAGUAGUUUUUUCAGCAUACUCCGCAAUACUCAGGAAAAAAUAACAGUUCAGUUAUGGAAAAUUAUAAUUUACAAUACAAUCAAGUUGCCUGGCUUAUUCUUCUGUAGCACAGCUCAUCUUUUACCGCACAUUUAAACAAUCUUUUUUUAGGAAAAGCAACGUGUGAACAAACGUGCGAUUUUAAUGGACCGUUUCCCCCUUUACUGAUCAGCCAUACACAUAGAACCCACAAUAACGUACUACAA